UAACCCAUGUGGGAGGCCUAGCGGCUGCGGAGGUCUGAACAAGUACAUGUACUGGGAAAACUAAAACAUUUGGAUCAUGGAUAAUCAGCAAGGUGACAUUCGAAGGAGAGGGGAAGUUCAGCAAUAUUUGGCCAAUGAACGACUCAAUGAAACAGUGAGAGGAGAAGAUGACCCUCCAGAAAUAGAUAUUGAUGAAAUAAUGAAUCAGCCUCGCCAGCCCCAUUUACUAGAGAAAUUGUCUUAUUGGUUGGUCUUAAUCACAAUAGUGCUGUCAAUAGUGAACUAUUCUGGACCUUAUUUAGUGUACUUAAAAAUGGCAUAUGGAUUCCAUUCAGAUGAUCUCAUAUUUGAACCCCAAAAAGGUGAAAAUGUUGACGGUAUAAAUGGUGUCCCAGGAUCUGUGAAAGAUCUCUCUGAUAUUAAUUCAGACAGCAAUGUUUAUGCAAUGGAUGCUGGCUCAGACUCAGUUCAACAACCUGUUGCCAGCCAGUAUUGUGAUGAUAUAGUAGAUGGUCGUAAGUUUGACUGUCACCCUGAGAAUAAUCCUACGCUGGCAAAAUGUCACGCCAGAGGAUGUUGCUGGAAGCCAGUAGCCACACGGGAAAAGCCAACAUCUUACCCUGAUCCAUUUACAACACAAGCCCCUGUUGACAUUCCAUUCUGCUACUAUCCCAGGAAGUAUGCCGGGUACCAAAUCACACAUUUAGAAAAUACAAAAAAUGGAUUGCAGGCGACAUUAUCCAGGGAGACCAAAUCCUACUAUCCGGGGGAUAUAACCACUCUGAGGAUGGACAUCAUGUUUGAAGCCAAGGAACGGCUUCGUAUGAAGAUAUAUGAUCCGUCUCUACAUAGGUUUGAAGUUCCCUUAGCAACACCCAGAGUCUCUAGUAAACCUGCUAGCGUGGAUUAUGAUGUCAUUCUACCAGCAUCUGGAGAUCCGUUUGGUGUGGUGGUCAAGAGAAAGUCCACAGGCACAGUUCUGUUGAACACGACAGGGGCCUUUAUGUUUGCUGAUCAGUUUAUACAGCUGUCCUAUUAUCUGCCUUCCUCCUAUAUCUAUGGUCUCGGGGAGCACAGAGACUCUCUGCUACACAGUGUUAACUGGACACGCUUUACAAUGUGGACAAGGGAUAGGAAGCCAAAGGAAGGGGAUAACCUGUAUGGGGAUCACCCAUUCUACCUGGUCAUGGAGGAAGAUGGGCAGAGUCAUGGGGUGUUUCUCCUGAACAGUAAUGCAAUGGAUGUAGUUCUUCAACCUGCUCCAGCGCUUACUUGGAGAACAAUAGGAGGGGUGAUAGACUUGUACAUGUUCCUGGGCCCAACACCAGAGGGCGUUAUUCAACAGUACACAGAUGUGAUAGGUCGUCCCUUCAUGCCUCCAUACUGGAGCCUAGGCUUCCAUCAGUGUCGCUGGGGAUACACCACGGUUCAGGAGACAUUGGAUGUCGUAGAUCGUAUGAAAGCAUACGGAAUUCCACAAGAUGUUCAGUGGAAUGAUAUAGACUAUGCUCGUGACAUGCUGGAUUUUACCACUGGUAUUGACACGUUUGGUGAUCAGGGAGCGAUGGUGGAGGACCUUCACAGAAGAGGUCUUCAUUACAUCAUGAUUGUGGACCCUGCCAUCAGUGUGAACCAAACACCGGGAUCUUAUCCGCCUUAUGAUGUGGGCCUUCAGAUGGACAUCUUUGUGAAGGACAGUCAGGGGAGACCACUCAAAGGGCAGAUGUGGCCUGGGGUGACAGUAUGGCCUGACUUUUCCAACCCUCAAACUCACAGUUACUGGACAGCUAUGGUGCAGCAGUUUCACAGUACAGUCAAGUUUGAUGGCAUGUGGAUUGAUAUGAAUGAACCUGUGAAUUUUGUCAAUGGAGCCACAGAGGGUUGUCCCAGCCAAUCCUCCAUAGAAAAUCCACCAUAUGUUCCAGCUGUGAGAGGCGGAACCCUGCGCUCCUACACACUGUGCGCAACUGCUCAGCAACACUGGGGCCUUCACUAUAAUGUCCACAGCUUGUACGGCCUGACAGAGACAAAUGCUACAUACAGUGCCUUGAAGACUGUGCGUGGAAAGAGACCGUUCAUAAUUUCAAGGUCAACAUUUCCCGGUCAAGGUCAUUAUGGAGGUCAUUGGAAUGGUGACAAUAAUUCCACCUUUUAUGACAUGUACAAGUCAAUUUCAGCUGUGUUGAACAUGAACUUGUUCGGUAUUCCUAUGGUUGGAUCUGAUAUCUGUGGUUUCCGUGGAAAUGCCACUGCUGAGCUGUGUCGGCGCUGGCAACAACUAGGAGCAUUUUAUCCAUUUGCUAGAAAUCACAACAACAAGUUUAAUAGGGCCCAGGACCCUGCAUCUUUUGGAGACUCUGUGGCUGCAUCAUCAAGGAGGGCCCUCGAGACAAGAUACUCGUUACUGCCAUGUUUGUACACACUGUUCCACCACAGCCAUGUCACAGGAACCACCGUAGCUCGACCACUCUUUUUUGAAUUUUCCGAAGAUAAGUCCACAUAUAACAAUGACCGGCAGUUCUUGUGGGGUUCCUCAUUACUGAUAUCCCCUGUCCUUCAGCAGAAUCACAUCUCAGUGGAUGGCUACUUUCCCAAAGGAGUCUGGUACAAUCUCCACACAGGGCAAAAACUUGUCUCUGCUGGCCAGACUGUAACUCUGGAUGCCCCUCUUGAUGUUAUCAAUGUUCAUGUCAGAGCAGGGUUUAUAUUACCAACUCAGCAGCCAGCACUUUCUACCACUAAAAGUCGGAAGAAUCUUGUUGAAGUGAGGGUGUAUUUAGACAGUGAUGGUCAGGCGUCUGGGGACAUGUUCUGGGAUGAUGGAGACUCACUGGAUACUUAUGAGACAGGGGUUUAUACAUUUCUGCGCUUUACUACCAAAGAUGGUAUAUUUGUCAGUGAGCCUAAGAAAGCUGGAUAUCCUAGCAUGCCUCCGCUAGGAUCUGUAGCUGUACAUGGUGUUCCAAAACAACCAAUUACUGUAACAUUUAAUGGCUCUCCUCAUCAGUUUGUAUAUAACCAUCAGGUACAUAUGCUUUAUGUGGAAAACUUGGCGGGUGAUCUGCUGACAAAGCUGACAUUGACCUGGAAAUAGAUCUUUCUGGUGACCUGAAAAUAGCAGUUUCCAGUAGCCUGGAUAUAGCAGCCUCACUUAGCCAGAAAAUAGAAGCCUCCAGUAAUUUGGAAAUUGGAGUCUCUUGUUGCCUGGUAAUAGGAAUAUCUAAUAACCUGAAAACAUAUUUCACCAGUUACCUGAAAACUGCAAUAUUCAAUAACCUCUAGAAAGUUUAGUGUUAAACUUCAGAAUAAGAGUCUCCAGUACCCAGAAAAUACGAAUCUCUAAUAACCUAAAAUGUUUAACCUAAUGUUAAUAGAAAUAGAAGUGUGCGAUAACUUGACAGUAGGUGUCUCCAGUACCGGUUAACACUGAUAAUACUAGAGUGUGUCAAAUUUAUCAAGAGGUUCAUUUGGUGCUUACAUUUUAAGUCUUCUAGUUGAGGUAUUUAAGAUUCAUGUGAGGAGUUAUACCUAAGAGUUUGUGUAUACACUUUUUAUGUUCUAUUUUCUCAGUUGUUCAUGAAUCAUUGAUAACAUGAAUUGAACAUGUCUUUUUUACAUUAAUGUACGUAUGUAUUGGAAUAGUGUGAUCAGUACUUACUAUAUGACAAUAACACAUUCCACUGUUUUAAUUCUUAAUGUGAUAAACGAUUUGAAAAUAGAUUCCACCAGUAAAACUGGAGGUCCUUAUUAGAUAUUCUUGAGAAUGGCUUUAAACAAGAAUGAAAUAAAUAAAUUAAGUGAUUACUGCCAGCAGAGCAUAUUUCUGUAACAUUUUAUUGUUUAUAAGGUUUGCAGUAAGUAUGGCAUUACCUUACAGGGGGGAUAGGACAGUGUUUCAAAUUUUGAAAAAUUUCAAGUACUAUGUACUCAAGAAAAACCUUUAUAUUUUGAUACUCACAUGUACAUAUUAUUGUAUGAAAAUGUUACUCGUGUCAUUUUGUUUCUGACUAUGUACACACUUUUUAGAGACACUUUGUGACUUGGUACAUAUAUAUGAUGAUUGCUUCUUACAGGUAUAUAUGUGUAUGCAUUUCAAUAAACAACGAUUUGUGAUCACUUUUUGCACAGAAUACUAUGCAAGAUGUUAUUGAUAUUUUGGACAACAUUUUGUCUUAUGGCAAGAGAACAGACUAUUGUUCGUUUGUUUCUGUUUGCUUCCUCUAACAUAGUAUGUACAACUUAUUUAUAUUUGUAUGUUG